UAUCGGAUGGUGUGACGUCAAACCACGACGACAGAAGUGCGUGUGACAGAUCGUGGAGCUUCGCUAGACUGAAGAAAAACAAAAAAACUUUGGGAAUAACAUGUCCUACAGUUCGACCAACAUGCUCUGUCUAUUAACGUACGAUAUAUGCAACGAAUGAACUAAUAGGCGACAAGCGUAUUAUAUUUACGUUUAAAAAAGUCGCAAUUCGAGUUUGUCAGGUAACAUUAGAAGAUGCUGGGGAAACAGAAAUAACGUUCCGUGUGUUUAUUAAUGAACGUGGAAUAAGAGUCGGUGAACACAUCGGCAGGCGAAAGUCAGACUGUCCAGGAUCCAACUGCCUACUGCUCUGAACAAUUGUUUGCAUGCAGCAAAGCAGGGCGUGCGAUGGUGUUGCAAUGACCGAGGGCGGCUGAGAGUCAGGGGAGAAGCUACGCAGCACCAUGGAGGGCACCAGGGCUGCCGUCUUAGCGCCGGUCAAAAGCAAAGCCCCUCGACGGGAUCGGAGGCGGCGUGUCGGGGCUUUGGUAAGUAAAGGGGGAGUCUGCCAGAACGGGACCACCUCCCCACAUGGGGAGUACACCUCGGACGGAGUGAUGGGGCUGGAGUCCUCCUUGGAGGUGCUGAAACCAUCCCUGCUGACGAAGGGGCUGAGAGAGAGAGUGGGGGAGAAGGAGGGGGCGCGAGGAGCAGAGGUGUCACCUGAGAGGGAGGAGGGCCUUGGCUCCUGGGACAUGAAGUCUCAUGACGAAGAGGUUGUGCAGCAGGAGCAAGAGGAUCAGCAGGAGAAGGAGAGUAGUAACAGCCACAGCGCCUCCAAUACGGACAGCCCUGCCCUCUCCAGUAGUUGCACAGAUCUGUCCCAGACAUCGUCUCCAUCACUGUCGGACCAACUCCUCCUGGGUCGAGAGGAUGGGACGGGGGCCUUGAUCAAUGUGGAAUGUCGUAUCUGUGGAGACAAGGCCUCAGGGUUCCACUACGGAGUACACGCCUGUGAGGGUUGCAAGGGGUUUUUCCGGCGGACCAUCCGCAUGAAGCUGGACUAUGAGCGCUGUGAGCGCAGCUGUAAGAUCCAGAAGAAGAGCAGAAACAAGUGCCAGUACUGUCGCUUCCAGAAGUGCCUGCUGCUGGGCAUGUCCCAUGACGCGAUCCGGUAUGGCCGUAUGCCGGAGGCAGAGAAGAGGAAGCUAGUGGCUGGCCUUCUGGCGGGAGAGAAAGCCCCGACCACCAACCCUAAUGGCUCGGAUCUCAAAUCCCUGGCCAAGCGGGUCAACAACGCCUAUCUGAAGAACCUCAACAUGACCAAGAAGAAGGCUCGCAGCAUCCUCACUGGCAAGACCAGCUCCAGCCCAGUAGCGUAUCCAUAUCCAUUUGUGAUUCACGACAUGGACUCCUUGUGCCAGGCUGAGAACGGGCUGGUGUGGAAACAGCUGAUCAACGGCACGACCCCCAACAAGGAGAUAGGGGUACACGUGUUCUACCGCUGCCAGUGCACCACGGUGGAGACGGUCAGGGAGCUCACUGAGUUUGCCAAGAGCAUCCCCGGCUUCGUAGACCUCUUCCUGAACGACCAGGUGACGCUGCUGAAGUACGGCGUGCACGAGGCCAUCUUCGCCAUGCUGCCUUCGCUCAUGAACAAGGACGGGUUGCUGGUGGCCAACGGGAAGGGCUUUGUGACCCGGGAGUUCCUGCGCAGCCUGCGGCGCCCCUUCAGCGAGAUCAUGGAGCCCAAGUUUGAGUUUGCGGUUAAGUUCAACGCCCUGGAGCUAGAUGACAGUGACCUGGCCCUGUUCGUGGCCGCCAUCAUCCUCUGUGGAGACCGUCCGGGGCUGAUAAACAUCAAGCAGGUGGAGGAGAUUCAGGACAGCAUCCUGCAGGCCCUGGACCAGCACCUGCUGGCCAACCACACGGACUCGAAGUACCUUUUCCCCAAGCUGCUCAACAAGAUGGCUGACCUGCGCCAGCUGGUAACUGAGAACGCCAUGCUGGUCCAGAAGAUCAAGAAGACAGAGUCAGAGACCUCGCUUCACCCGCUGCUGCAGGAGAUCUACAAGGACAUGUACUGACUGGACUGGUUUAGCUUCCUAGUACAGCAGCAGUGUUCACUCACUCCUGGUUUCUGGGAUUGGGAGUCACAGGGAGUGCAUGUUUUUGUUCCAGCCCAUCAUUAACACACUACUCACCUCAUCAGCCAAUCAACCACGACCUUGAUCAGUUGAAUCAUGUGUGUCAGUGUUUAUUCUGACGUCUCAAUAAAAGAAUAAAGGAAAACGCUGGCUGGUGGGAGUUAUAACUAUGUAUAUGUAGCUGCACACUCUUGUUCAGAUGCAUUUGAUUGACUAUAAAUCACCAUAGUUUGGGAGGCAAGUUCCCUUCAUCAGGGUCUCUAGACUGUACGAAUGACAUGUACUGACCUGGAAUGGAGCAAGAGACUGAUGGGAGACAUACAGAGUAACAUACACCCUACCACAUAUUAAACAUGUUUGGGUGCCCGAAAUAGGUGAUUUGCGCUGUUUCAAGUGGAUGCUGUUGUAUAGCAGGCCUUUACCUGUGGUUGGACAGGACUGAUGCAGUUGAAGGGCUUGUAGUGUCCUGCUCUGAACGUGGUGAAGGUGCAGUGUCGAGGUAUUCAUUUCCAGGAGAAUACCAAACAGCUCAACAACCAACGCCACAACAAAACCAAGAGUCCUCUUUUCCCCCUAAAUGUUACAAGGAUGAUCAGCGUUGCUCUUUUUAUACAACAUAUUUUUGUAUUCUCUCUCGAUGCGCAGUGUUUUUUACAACGGUCAACACAUACUUAACCCUGCGGUUCAGGGUCAUUACCAGGCUUUGUUCUGCCAUUGUUUGUGUUACAAACUUCCUGAGAAGUCGUGAUGCUGUGAUAUUCAGAAAAAUGCUGGUUCUGCUUGCCUGUACAAAUGAGGGUUGUCGGCAACCAUAGGUGUCCCUUGACCGUCCGUCCCUAUCAUCCCAUUCUAAGACCAUAACACUGGGAUAAGCUAUCACCAAACCCCCCUUAGCUCUCCUUUCCACAUGUGUAUAAAUUCACACCCCUCAACCUCUCACUGAUCUAAUCAUAGAACGGUUUGGAUUUGUUUGAUAACUCAGUCCCGGGUUCGAAUAACCUCCCUUCUGUGCUAGUGAACAAAAUCCAUCGUCACACCCCCAGAGAAUGUGUGAUAGUAGGAGCUGUGGUUUUGUGUAUGCCUUUUAUAUAUGAAUCUCCUCCAUUUGAGGUCCACCCCCAGCCCUUCUCCUCCUGUUAGACCAGGAAGCACACAGUCCAGUCAGUCUCACUUUUCAAUGGACACAUACAUUUAUAGAUUCUUACAACAUCCUAACCUCAAUACCUUUUAUGUUUUCUUUUGUGUACAACUGAUGGGUCUAAAACCAUGGGAUGAUGCUGUGUUGUCAUACUGUGAAGGUGAACCUGAUCACAGUGUCUGUAUAAGACGUUUUGAAUGCCUGAUUUUACUUAUGUUUACUUAAUUAUGUAUAAUUGAAGUACGGUAUGUAUAUAUUAUUUUUCAGCCAGGUGGUGUUCUGUUAACUGCACACAGUCGACAAGCCAAACUCUAACAGUACUUUUCUCAUAUUAUGAGCUUACCGCUUUCUUUCUUUUCCUCUCUUCUUCUUCCUCUAAGUAUGGUGCUAUGGAUUUGGCCAGCUAUCACUCCCCCGCGCAGUCUAACUUCAGACAGGGAAUGACCCGUUCAUAAUACUUAGAGAGAAAUGGAUCUUUCUCUCUUGGUUCUUUCACUUCUUCACUGAUCUACAAAGGCCAGGUCAAAUGAAAGCAACACAGGAAAAGCUUCUGUAGUGCUUCCACCAUAUAGAUUGUACCCAUCUACAUCAUGAUCAAUUGAAGGGAGUAAGUGAGCAUUUGAAGAGUUGAAAUAUAUUGCAACGGUCAAAAAAUGACUUCUAGAAAAUGACUUCUAGACAAGCCAUCAGAAUUCAUGGCAGCAGGGGGACCAAUCUAAAUUGCCAUAAGAGGAAAAAGGUUUAUUCUCAUUCUUUUAGGUCAGCCAAUUAUGGUAACUGAUGAAAUACUGCACUUCCUACUGUACAUAGCAAUUAUGUAAAUGAUAUGCAAAACCAUGUAUGUUUCUGUUUUUAUUAUUUUCUAUAUUGUGACGUUAAAAUUGCUAAAAAAGUUUAUUCUAGCACGAGUAAGGGGAGGACAUGAUCUAUGUGACUCCUUGCCUAUACAGUAGAGAGGUUACAGAUAUCUCUUGAAUAAGCGCUUUAUUUCUGCUCACAGGGAGUUGAUAAAGCACAAAUGAGUGAUCUGAUGCUCACCUAACUGCAGAAACCGUUGAGACAAUGAUAAUAAUAAAGUGACCGUGUUGAACCACCUGUUCUGGUUAGAGUGCUGUAUCCACUUGGAGUCGGUGUACCCUGGGGCGGAUGGGGGGGUUCUUUCUCUCCCUGUACUCAUCUUUCUUUAAUUCUCUUACCUUCUUCCUUUCUCUCAGUAUGAAUCAUUUUAUUUUCCUGCUUUUUUUUUUUCUGGUGCCACUAGAAAUGUCAUUGUCACGGACCGCCUGUGGUUAGUUAUAAUUACACCAUUUGUGUUCAUAAACUUCUAGGGAUUUUUAAACAACUUUUCAGUUACUGACUAGAACAAGUUACUAUGAAAUGUCAGCAAGGUAGUACUGCUGCAUGAGAAAAAAGCUAAAUUGUGUACAUUUUCUUUGAAAAAUUGUCAGUUUUGUCUGAUUUUAUUUCUGCAUACAUAUGUAUGAGCACAACGGCACAGGUCUGAAAUAUUCUACGGUCUACCACAGCAAUACUGUACAUUUAACAUCUGUAUAAACACAUGGUGUUAAUCGUCUGAGGGGAAGUAUAGGAUUUCUACCUUUGGUAUAGAACUUCCUAUAAAUGAUUGAUUAAAAAACAUUGGUUAAUA